AGAGCAGAAAUCCUAGGACUGGGUAUGAAGGUGUGCAAAGUCCCAAGGAAAAGACCUAGAGAAAAGUCAAACCUCCAAGAUGAGAAAUGUUUGCUUUGGUCUGGAGGACACCGAUGUCUGUUUAUGCUAUAAGGGUCGUAACACUAUCAGUUUUGGUUUUACAGGGAAAGCGGUUUGAAAAUAAGGGGUGGAGAGAAGCGGGAAAAGGCCCAGAAUUGCUGCUUGUGUGGUCCUGUGUGGGCCCCUCUCCCCCGCUCAUCUCAAAAGGACGGGAGUCAGAGUUUCAGCACAACAGGGACUAGCUGUGAGGGAGGGCAGCAUGUGGUGCUGGACACAGAAGCUCAGCCAUGGACCCUGAGGGGCAGGAAUGAUAGGUGUUUGGGAAGCACACUGGAUACAGGCCAGGUCCUGCCCGUCUCGGCCACUGCGCCCACAUUCAGAGAACAGGCCUCGUGGGCGAGGGCACACUUCCUCCUGCCAAGUUAAUCACUCACCCAGCCCAGUUCCUGCCCCGGGUGGGAAUACAACUGCCCACAGCAGCUCCUGCUCAGGCUGUCAAACCCCUGCCGCUCAGGAGCCAGGAGCAUGGUCCUGGGAAGGUGGAGUUGCAAGGCACCCCUCAGGCACUGCCCCGCUCCCCAGAAUGCCAUCAUGAAGGCCCCGAUGCUCGUAGGUGUGCUGGUCAUGGUGGGCUUCGCAGAGGGAAGAGUGCCUGUUCCUAAACUCCGCACCUGCCACCUCUGCCUCUUAGAAGACCCUGCUGCGGGAUGCCUUUCCGGCUUGGAGAAAUGCACCAUCAGUAGCUCAUCCCCAUGCAUGGUGAUCACCGUCUAUUACAAAAACAGGGUUCGCUUCCUCAUCCGCGCCUGUGGACAGUACAAUUCUUACCGCUGCCAAGAAACACGCAACACCUACGUCUCAGAGUACUGGUACCAGGCCCAGUGCUGCCAGUACGAUCACUGCAACUCAUGGUCCAGCCCUCAGCUCCAGAGCUCCCAGCCUGAGCCCCCUGGUGGGGCCCUGAGCCUGCCCCUGUUCAAGUCCCAGAUCCAGUGGUUCUACCAGGCCCUGAACCUCUCACUGCCCCUCCCCCGCUCCCAUACUGGGAAGGAGCCUAAGGGCAUGGACCCCCUGGCUGCCCUGCCCUUGAACCUGGGCUUGUCCAUUGCCGACCUGCGCAGCAUAUACUUAUUCCUCAACAAUUCGGGGCUUUUGGUUCUUCCCCGGGCUGGGCCCUGAUCCCUGACUUCUUGAAUUGCAAUCUGUUCAGCAUCUCCCAACACCCAGGCCCCUGCUCUGGCCCCGGAACUCCCAUCUCUGCUCUGCUCUUUCAGGCCUUCCCUUUGUCCUCUGUCUCUAUGGCUUUGGUUUCGUUCCCACUCAGAAACACAGCUAACCCAGUGUCUCCUUCCUCCGGGAAAACAAUCUCAAGUGCAGACUGCUGGGCGGGCCUGGGAAAGGCAGCGGCUCCCUCUUUUUCCCACCUGAGUGCCAUCACCCCCAUCUUCCUGGUCCCCUCUAGUCUGGUCACCUACCACCUCCAUUUAGUUCUGGCUGUCUCCCAUCCUGUGCUCUCAGACACAGGCCAGACUGGAUUUGUAGCAAGGAGGAUGCGGGUUGAGCUGUGCAGAUCCUGACUGGCUCCUGGUGUCCCUGCCUCCCUGCCUUCCACCCCACUCCCACCCGGGGCUCCUGCUGCCUUUCUCAGCUCUUGUUCCCAUCUCUGGCCGCCUCCGCCAUGGCCGCCUGCUCCUGAUACCCACGUGCAUAGGUGCCCAGGGAGGGCAGAGGGAAGAGGGUCCUGCUUUUCUCCGUGCCCCCAGUUUCCCUCCACAAUAAACAGACAGGGUU